AACUAUUUGGUAUAUAUUUGGUUCAGCACGACCUGAGAUUAAAUUCCUGGACUGAGGCGUUUUCUUGUGCCAAAAUCAAGUAUGCAGCUUGGAUCCUCUGUAGUGACCUUGAAGACAACAGCUGCAACAACAUUUCGAAAUAUUUGGCAAGGUUUAUGAAAAGACUUGAGAAUUAUAAAUUGUUGCUGCCUUCAGCUAUACACACCAUUUGCUUAUGUUGAAGACAAACACUACCUUGUUUAGCAUCUGAGAUCAACUGAGAAAUAGAAGAAGAAAACCCUGGUACAGUAAAACGGUCUUGGUAGCAGCCUUUUAAACUGUGUGUGCUUUUUUGCAUCUGCACUUCUGCAAUCUUCUAAGUAUUAAGCAAGAUUUUCAUUAAAACUAAACAAAAAAACCCACUGUUUAGUUUUUACAUGGAUGUGGCAAGACUGGUUGAGGCACCUUAACUCAUAUUGAUAUUUCGUCAAUAGAUUUAAGAUCCGCCUCAGGAAAUUGCAUCUUGUUCUGUUAUCAGAUUGAAGUCUGCUGUACAAAGCUUUAUUUGACAGUCAGCAUUUGAACUAAUCAGACAUGUCUUUGACAAACCUCAGCAGCAAUAUGAUCAACUUCGGCAAUAGUACAAUUCUAGACUACUCAUCCUAUUAUGAUGAAGAUAACCUUAGCAAAUACGGGAGCUGCAACAUCAACGAAGUAAGGAAUUUCAGCCGAGUCUUCCUCCCAUGCCUCUACAGCAUUGUCUUCAUAGUGGGAUUCAUUGGUAAUGGCCUGGUGUUGUGUGUCCUAGUCAAGUACCACAACCGGUCAAAUGUGACAGAUGUGUGCCUUUUCCACCUGGCACUUUCAGACCUCCUCUUCCUUCUCUCAUUGCCUUUCUGGGCUCACUACGCUGCCAUUACUGACUGGACCUUUGGGAGCUUUAUGUGCCAUGCAGUGACAGCGCUCUACAUGCUGGGAUUCUAUGGAAGUAUCUUCUUCAUGAUCCUCAUGACCAUAGACCGCUAUGCUGUCAUUGUCCAUGCCCAUACCUCCCUCUUUUCCAAGUACCGGUCUGUCAAAACUGCCACUGCGAUGACAUUUUUUAUGUGGGUGAUCAGCUUGGGAGCUUCUCUGCCAAAUAUCAUUUUCUCCCAAGCAAAGAAUUCAUCAGAUGUAUGGACAUGCAAACAGGAAUAUCCAGAAAAAACAUUGUGGCAGUUAGUCACUUAUAUUGAACUGAAUAUCCUCGGCUUAAUUAUUCCUCUCUCAGUGAUGGUGUUCUGCUACUCACAAAUAAUCCCCAUCUUAAUGACCAUGAAGUCUCAGAAGAAACACAAAGCUGUCAGGCUCAUUCUAGUCUUGGUCAGUGUUUUCUUUCUCUUCUGGACACCCUACAACAUCAUUAUCUUCAUGAAGUUCCUGCAAAAGCUGGGCUACAUGGCCACCUGUGACUGGACCAAGGACCUGUCCAUGGCUAUGCAGUGGGUGGAAACCAUAGCGUUCUGUCACUGCUGCAUCAACCCCAUCAUCUACGCCUUCGUGGGGCAGAGAUUCAGGAAAUUAGUUAUCAAGAUUCUGAAAGAAUGGUUCCCUGUUUGCUUUGGUCGCUGCACAAUAAUCAUCAGCGAGUUCUCAGAGAGGAGGAGCUCUAUGCAGUCACGCUCCUCAGAGAUAUCCACCACAAAGAUUGUGUAGCCACAGAAUGCUGUUGGCAGCAGGGUUUUAUCAGAGGAAAUCAUAAAUCUGCAGACUUGCUCAGUAAAGCAUUGCAUAAUACUGAAAGUAUGUCAUUGCUUGUACUCCAUUUGCUUCUUUUUUCAGUUAGUGAGGAUUUUUAAUUUUUGGUCAAUUUAGAAUAUAUAUUUUACUAUAUUUUUACUGUAGUUAUGCACAGCUUAUGCAUAUUUUUUCAUCUGCAGUUCAUUUUAAAUUAAUACUGCAUGGCUUGCAUGCAGCAAAAUACAAACGUUGAAUACACUGUCUUUUCUGAGUAGCUGAAUUAUGUUUGAAAUGUAAAUAAAUAUUAAGCAU